UGAGAUUAUUGACAUUUGUCGCUACAAUUUUGAAUAUCAAAAUAUCAAUAAGUUUAGUUAUUUCAUAUCGAUAUAUCUGUUUAUUAAUCCAACAUUAUAUCAUUCUUAACUUUAAAUUCGACAGAUUUAUAAGUAUUUGCUUAGAUGGUAGAUAAGGAAAUGAACCACUUUAAACCUAAUCUUCACAUAUCUACAGGCUGACAAAAAAACCUAUAUCAAUUGAACAAAUAUUAACCAUGACGUCUCCAAAGGUAACCAGAAGACACAAAGAAAGCCAAAGUACAGACAAAAAUAAAGAAAAACCCGCUCCGAAUAAAACCGAUGACGAAUCUAAAGAGAAAAGAUUCAAAUACGGGCCCUUGCCCUCUUUUGCCAAUCAACGAGUAUGGAGCAGAGGAAUCCUGCUGUUAGGCGUAGUCAUUUACAUACUGUACUUCUCGAAAAGCACGAAAGAAACAGUACUAGCUAAGCAAUCCGAAGUGUACAUUCGAAGAUCACAAAACGUGGAAUGCAGCAAACAGUUCCUGGAAGAUAUCCAAAACUACAAAGGAUGCGUCCCGCAGAAAUGCGGUCGAUUUGUCAGCGAUAAAUUAGUAACGUCCCAAGAAGCCGAUAUAUUGCUAAAAUUAGCGAUAAGAGUAAUGGCGCAAGGGGGCUCGUCCGGUGGCGCUUCUAUCAUGGACCUCCACACAGGCGCUCUGUCUUUUAAUGAUAAAUUCAUUAACGUAUACGCUCACAACGGGGAUAACAACGUUCUAACUCCGGAAGAAAGAAAAAUAUACCAGCUAGUGAGGAAGAAAAUCCAAACGGCUAUAGCCGAUGCCUUUCGAAUAGAGUUCAACAGUCUGCAUUUAACCUAUCCUACGUUCUUCUCUCGAUUAACCAAUGUCGAACCUAAGACGAGGCACGAUGAAUAUUGGCACGAGCACGUAGAUAAACGUACGUACGAAUCGUUUCAUUACACGUCCCUACUGUACUUGAACGAUUACAACAAGGAUUUCAAAGGAGGUAGGUUCGUAUUUAUGGAUGAUAUCGAUGCGCCCAGUAAAAAUGUGACUGUAGAACCGAAGAAAGGGCGAGUGCUGAUGUUCACCUCGGGUUACGAAAACCCCCAUUUCGUGGAGCGCGUUCAAGAGGGCUCGAGGUUCGCUAUAACUGUAUCAUUUACUUGCGACGCCACCAAAGCUAUACAAGAUCCGAAAAAAUAAAUCGUACUGUGCAUGUUUAUAUAUUUCCUAUCUAUUAGUUAAGAUAAACGAUUGUAUUUGUCAAAUUUUUCGCACGUUCUUCGUUAACUAGUUGCAAUUGAAAUUGUUACGUUUGUCGUAGGUAAUAGAUAAUAAAUGUUUAGG